GGCUACACAGUGUAAUAUAAUAUCACCGCAAACACAAAUCACAACAGAUAAUCUGGCUGAGAGAGAGAGUCUGAGAAACUCCCAUGAUACGUGUCUGCAGUGUUCAGUGAUGAUGGAGAACAAACGAGAGACAAUACGCGAGUAAUAAUGAAUGAAAUAUAAAUUCGGGUUCGUGGCGCUUUGUGUUGUUUUGUGUUUCGGGCCGCAGCACGAACCGCUGCGUGAAAAACUAGUCCCAUCGGAAUGCGCUUCCCUGCCUUUAUCCGCGCGCCCACAACGCUCGCGACGCCUCUUUCCCCGCAUUAACCGGUUGGUUCCGCGUCUCCGCCGCGCUGUGAUCUCACACAGAGAAAGAGAGACGCGAGUGCGAUGAAAUACAACAAUAGCGCGCCGCGCCGCGGAGCUGGAGCUGGAGAGGGGAAGGGUUCGGAAGCGGCCGGGAGUUCUUCCUGUGAGCGGAAGGAGACGGACGCACGGACUGCGCGAUGUCGCGGUCACACUGAAGCACCGACUCCAUCAAACCGAUGAGAAACUGCGGCGGAGAUUCAGCGCGAGGAAUCCGAAUCACAGACGCACGCAGCCGGAGCGAUGCGAGCGAGGCGGCGCGGCUGAGCGUUGAAGAUGGGUGCCGUACUACACAGUCUCUUACUGUGCACUUUGUGUUUGCAGAUUCGGGGCCUGCCGCUCCUCUUGUAUGCGAACCGGAGGGACUUGCGGUUGGUGGACGCGGCUCACGGUCGAGGGAACGCCACGGUGGUGAUCGGCGGUUUGGAGGACGCAGCGGCGGUGGAUUACGUUUACGAGCAGGGACUGAUUUACUGGAGCGACGUGAGCGAGGAGGCCAUCAAGCGGACGCUGUUUAACGGGUCAGGGCCCGGCGGGCUCCAGAACACAGUCGUGUCCAGUCUGGCCUCUCCGGACGGCCUGGCCUGUGACUGGAUGGGGAAUAAGCUCUACUGGACCGACUCCGAGACCAAUCGGAUAGAAGUGGCCGAGCUGGACGGGACGCACCGGAAAGUGUUGUUCUGGCAGGAUCUGGACCAGCCGAGAGCCAUCGCUCUGGAUCCGGCCCGAGGGUACAUGUAUUGGACGGAUUGGGGUGAGGUCCCGAAGAUCGAGCACGCUGGGAUGGACGGGACGCAUCGCUCGGUCCUCAUCGACUCUGAGAUCUACUGGCCCAACGGCCUGACGCUUGACUACGACCUGCAGAAACUCUACUGGGCCGACGCCAAGUUCAGCUUCAUCCACCGCUGCAACCUGGACGGCUCGGGCAGGGAGGUGGUGGUGAAGGGCUCUCUGCCACACCCGUUCGCGCUGACGCUGUACGAGGAAACGCUCUUCUGGACUGACUGGAACACACACUCCAUCCACGCCUGCCUCAAACACACGGGAGAGAACAGCCACGAGAUCCACACCAACAUCUUCUCACCCAUGGACAUACACGUCUACAGCCAGAAGCGGCAGCCGCUGGAGGUGACGAGUCCCUGCGUGCUGAAGAACGGAGGAUGUUCUCAUCUGUGUCUGCUAUCUCCGGUCAAACCUUAUUACCAGUGCGCCUGUCCGACCGGCGUCCAGCUACUGGACGACAACAAGACCUGCAGAGACGGUGCCACUCAGCUGCUGCUUCUGGCGCGGCGCACAGACCUGCGGCGGAUCUCUCUGGACACGCCAGACUUCACCGACAUCGUGCUGCAGACCGACGACAUCCGGCACGCCAUCGCCAUCGACUUCGACCCGGUGGAGGGACACAUCUACUGGACGGACGACGAGGUGCAGGCCAUCCGCAGGUCCCACCUGGACGGGAGCGAGGCUCAGUUCGUGGUGACCUCGCAGGUGAAUCAUCCGGACGGGAUCGCCGUGGACUGGAUCGCACGGAACCUGUACUGGACCGACACCGGCACGGACCGGAUCGAGGUGACGCGGCUGAACGGAAGCAUGAGGAAGAUCCUGAUCUCGGAGGAGCUGGACGAGCCGAGGGCCAUCGUGCUGGACCCCGCCGCCGGGUACAUGUACUGGACAGACUGGGGUGAAGUGCCGAAGAUCGAGCGGGCGACUCUGGACGGGACGGAGAGGCUGGUGCUGGUCAACACGUCUCUGGGCUGGCCCAACGGACUGGCGCUCGACUACAGCGAGAGGAAGAUCUACUGGGGAGACGCCAAGACCGACGUCAUCGAGGUGAGAAACCACACUAUCAGCAGCAGCGCCUCUUCAACACAGAAGUCCAGCAGCGGUUCUUCAGCUUCACAUAAACACAGACGUGCUGCACGGAGCCAAAGCAAACAGAGACAGAAGAGAAUCAUGAACAUUUACCCUCGAAUGACUCGUGGCUCUCCUGAGAAUCUGCAGGGAGAGAGAGACAUCUUUUCUGCUGCUUCUCAGACCAUCAGUCGUGCGUUCAUGAACGGCAGCGCUCUGGAGCACGUGGUGGAGUUCGGUCUGGACUAUCCCGAGGGAAUGGCUGUGGACUGGCUGGGAAAGAACCUGUACUGGGCCGACACGGGGACCAACCGCAUCGAGGUGGCCAAACUGGACGGGCAGCACAGACAGGUUCUGGUGUGGAAGGAUCUGGACAGCCCUCGAGCACUGGCACUGGACCCGGCCGAGGGUUUCAUGUACUGGACAGAGUGGGGUGGACGGCCGAAGAUCGACCGCGCGGCCAUGGACGGUUCUGGACGCAUCACUCUGGUGCCGAAUGUGGGCCGCGCAAAUGGACUGACCAUCGACUACACUGAGCGGCGGCUGUACUGGACGGACCUCGACACCACGCUGAUCGAGUCCUCCAACAUGCUGGGUCUGGAGCGUGAGGUGAUCGCUGACGAUCUGCCGCAUCCGUUCGGACUCACGCAGUACCAGGACUACAUCUACUGGACCGACUGGAGCCAGCGCAGCAUUGAACGGGCCAACAAGACCAGCGGGCAGAACCGCACCGUCAUACAGGGCCACCUGGACUACGUCAUCGACUGUCAGCGCUUCGUGUGCGGCUGCCCCGUGCCCCGCGCACUCAACUACGACAACAAGACCUGCAGCGCGCCCACAUCCUUCCUGCUGUUCAGUCAGAAGACAGCCAUCAACCGCAUGGUCAUCGACGAGCUGCAGAGCCCCGACAUCAUGCUGCCCAUCCACAGCCUCAGAAACGUGCGCGCCAUCGACUACGACCCGCUCGACCGCCAGCUGUACUGGAUCGACUCCAAGCAGAACGCCAUCCGCCGCGCGCAGGAGGACGGGAACCAGGGUUUCGAGACGGUGGUGUCCAGCGCGAGCCUCGGCCUGCAGCCCUACGACCUCAGCAUCGACGUCUACAGCCGCUUCAUCUACUGGACCAGCGAAGUGACCAACGUCAUCAACGUCACGCGCAUCGACGGGUCACGGGUCGGCGUGGUGCUGCGCGGAGAACAUGACAAACCCCGCGCCAUCGUGGUCAAUCCGGAGCGAGGGUACAUGUACUUCACCAAUCUGCAGGAGCGUUCUCCGAAGAUCGAGCGCGCCGCUCUGGACGGGACGGAGCGCGAGGUGCUGUUCUUCAGUAAUCUGGGCAAGCCGGUCGCUCUGGCCGUCGACAACGAGCUGGGAAAACUCUUCUGGGUCGACAUGGACCUGAGGCGCAUCGAGAGCAGCGACCUGUCCGGAGCCAAUCGCAUCGUGAUCGAGGACUCCAACAUCCUGCAGCCGGUGGGUCUGACGGUGUUUGGGAACUUCCUGUACUGGAUCGACCGGCAGCAGCAGAUGAUCGAGCGCAUCGAUAAGAUCACGCGCGAGGGACGCACCAAGAUCCAGGCGCGCAUCGCCUCUCUGAGCGACAUCCACGCCGUCCACGAGCUGCGCAUGGAGGAGUACAAUAAACACCCCUGCACGUCUGAUAACGGCGGCUGCUCGCACAUCUGCCUGGUGAAGGGAGACGGAUCCACGCGCUGCUCGUGUCCCGUUCACCUGGUGCUGCUGCAGGACGAGCUCUCCUGCGGAGAGCCGCCGACGUGUUCUCCGGAGCAGUUCUCCUGUGUGUCCGGCGAGGUGGACUGUAUCCCGCAGGCCUGGCGCUGCGACGGCUUCGCUGAGUGUGACGACAGCAGCGACGAGCGAGACUGUCCCGUCUGCUCCGAGGAGGAGUUCCAGUGCGACAGCAAGCAGUGCGUGGACUUUUCUCUGCGCUGCAACGGAGAAAUCAACUGCCAGGACCGGUCCGAUGAGAACAAAUGUGAAGUUCUCUGUCCCAUGGAUCAGUUCACCUGCGCCAACGGCCAGUGCAUCGGGCGGCACAAGAAGUGUGACCACAACACGGACUGCACAGACAACUCGGAUGAGAUCGGCUGCUACGCGACUGAAGAGCCGUCCUUUCCUCCCACGAACACCAUCGGCUCUAUCGUGGGUGUGGUGAUGCUGCUGUUCGUGGUGGGCGCUGUGUAUUUCGUGUGCCAGCGUGUGCUGUGUCCUCAGAUGAAGGACGACGGCGAGACCAUGACCAAUGACUUCGUGGUGCACGGGCCGCCGCCGGUGCCUCUGGGAUACGUGCCUCACCCCGGCUCUCUGAGCGGCUCGCUGACAGGCAUGUCUCGUGGGAAGUCGGUCAUCGGCUCACUGAGCAUCAUGGGAGGCAGCAGUGGUCCUCUGUAUGAUCGAGCACAUGUGACCGGAGCCUCGUCCAGCAGCUCCUCCAGCACCAAGGGCCCAUACUUUCCUCCGAUCCUGAAUCCCCCUCCGUCUCCCGCCACAGUGAGGUCGCAGUAUACGAUGGAGUUCGGUUACUCGUCGAACAGCCCCUCGACGCACCGAUCGUACAGCUACAGGCCGUACAGUUACCGUCACUUCGCCCCUCCGACGACGCCCUGCAGCACAGACGUGUGCGACAGCGACUACACGCCGGGCCGAAGGGCUCCGCACGCAUCCAGCGCCGCCGCCAAGGGCUACACCAGUGACCUGAACUACGACUCGGAACCGCUGCCACCGCCGCCCACCCCACGCAGCCAGUACCUGUCUGCAGAGGAGAACUGCGAGAGCUGCCCGCCGUCGCCCUACACCGAGCGCAGCUACUCGCACCACCUGUACCCGCCGCCGCCCUCGCCCUGCACGGACUCAUCCUGAGCCCUGCCCACUGCUGUGUAAGCCCCACCCACCUCUGCAUAAGCCCCACCCUGCACGGAUUCAUCCUGAGCCCCGCCCACUGCGGUGUAAGCCCCGCCCACCUCCACAUAAGCCCCACCCUGCACGGACUCCUCCUGAGCCCCGCCCACCUCCACAUAAGCCCCGCCCUGCACAGACUCAUCCUGAACCCUGCCCACUGCUGUGUAAGCCCCGCCCACCUCCACAUAAGCAGCACCCUGCACGGACUCGUCUCGAGCCCCGCCCGCUAAGCCCCGCCCACAGCAUCAGUGUAUAUAGCCGGCGGCGUGCUGACUUUGACCGGAGAAAAACACAUGGGCGUCUGUCUCGGGUCUGGCGGCUCUCUGUACAUUUAAAAGAAAAAGAAAACAUAUUUAUAUAUUUUCUAUACAGUGUUUAUUGGUUAUGCCAUAGAGCUUUGUAUUAAAAGAAAUUUGUAAAAAAAAUGUUUAAAGAGAAAGUUUUAUUAAAUCCACACAGACGUGAUACGUUGCCUUAAUCCAGGAGUUUAGAAUCAAACGCGUUCAUGCCAAAUAGAUGGAAGGCCCAUCGCCCCCUGCAGGCUCGGAGCAGCAGCACACUGUGACCUGAAACUCAAACUCUCAAUCACCCGCCAGAUGAGCUACCAAACAAGACGGUACUCGUAUUUUUCUACUAUUUUUGUAUUGAAGAUGUCAUGUGGCCUCCUGUGCGUGACGAACUUCAGCGGCGCCUCGACUCGGACGCUUUAGGGAAACGGACGGGAAGUGACGCGAUCCAAACCAAUCAAGUGGAACCUUCCCGCAGCCGACGCGUGACGCAGGUCACGUAUGACACACGGCUCACAAUCACGGACCACUUCUCGUGCCUGACCGCUUUUUAGAAGACACUUUCAAUCAUUUUUCACUUUUUUAAAAUCUCAGUGCCCACAAAAGGUUGAUUAUUUUUGUACCACAUACUGUGUAGAUACUGUAUUUAUAAGCUAUAAAGAAGAAUCUUCAUAUUCAUCAUCAUCGUCA